AUGCUCUCGAGGACAAUGAAUUUAGGUCCUGUCGCUUUCGCAUCGCUCUCGGACAAUCUCUCUUUGCAUUUAGAGUACGAGGUUGCCAUUAGAGUCCCGCCCGGAAAGCUUGAGACCGUGUCGGUUGACGAGUGUCUGAAAUCGUUGACAUCGGGGGAAAUAUGGGUCGCCAGUGGAAAUUCAUGCCGGGUUGAUUUCGUUAUUGAUCUUGACGGGAAAGAAUUGUUUGAAACUAACAACAAUCAUAUCAUUGAAUUGUUAGGUAAGUUCGUCGCAGAGUCAAAGGUAUGGAAACAGCUGGGAUUAUCUGCAAUACUUCAUUUGCGAAAUCAACCACUACAAAAGAACAAUCUUUCCCUUCAGCUAAACAAUGAAGAGCCUCCAUGUUCACCGAUUCCCGACGUUCGGCCUUGGUCAUGUACAACUGCCAAUAUUAGGAUACCAGACGCACAACUCUGCGCUCAGAUGGAACGGCUAACAGUACAUUUAUCAUUUCGAGCUUUGUCUGGAGGGAUUCAAACAUUAAAAAGACGGAAACCAUCUCCCCUAGAUUUGGUGCUUGGUCAAGGCUCCGCCCAGACAUUGAAAACCGCACAACCAGGCACGCCAAGAAAAACUUUGAUUGUCAAAUUUGGCCCUAGUGAGAACAUAUCAUCACUUUUGAAAAGAUAUUCCGACUCUAGUAAGCGGUAUGACGCUACUCAAGCAAGCAUACCAACUACAUCAUCAAUCAUCGAAGUUGGCUCCAGAGUCAAAAUUUCUGAAAUUUUGAAAGAAAGUUCUGAGAGUUUGUACUCAAGUGUCACAUUACAUGCUAUACCCGCUCUAUCUCAAUUGAGCUCUUUCUUAAGUUCGGGUCCAUUCUCCAAGUCCCCAUCCACUUCUAGACAUAUGACUUCCUCGAGUAAUUUUCGUAAGAGGAUGAAAGGGGUUCCUAAAGAUUCACAGGGAGCGGAAACUAGUUUCUUAAUCAAGCAAGAGGAUGCUUCCACGUCACCAAAAGAUAUAGCGUUUGAUGAAAUGCUGCUUCUAUCUAGCGACGAAAGAUAUUGUACUCGAACUUCGAAUAACAACUCAUCGAAAUCCUCGACUAUCGGAAGUGUUUCCCAAGAACGCAGUGCAACUUUCACUUCUCAAGAUAAGGCAUACGUACUUGAUCCUACAGCAUCAUGCAAGCUCGUUACUGCAGCGAUAAAUGUUAUGAUUGCUGGGAUGGAGACGAGACAGAGAACAACGAAAGGAGUAAAGAUUGACGAUAUCUCAGGCAAAUCAUCUAUUUCCCUGGCAGCCUUGGGUCCAGUCAUAUUUUCUCCGGGUUUCAAGAAGUCCGUAGCUCAAAAUUCUCGCUACACCCCUAGGAUCAUCCGAAUGAUGACCUCAUUGGCACGCAAUGCCCAAACACCAGGCCUGCGACAGAAAAUCGAGCAGAUUGCAAACAUGCCGACCUCUGACUUUAUCAACGAAGAGACUGAUAAACAGAUACAUGGUGAGCUAGGCUCUGAGAAAAGGCUGACAGCCGUGGUGACAGCCCGACUAUGGUCAAUGAUGCAACGAACAUUACAUGAUUCAUCAGCUGCUCGCCAAGUUAUCAAUAAACUUUCGACUUCGGAGAAUGUUGUUGUGGCUGGGGAUGCUGAUGGAUAUGACGAUCUUUUGGACUCUAUCGUCAAUGAUGCUGACAUACAAGAUUUAGCAAUGGUAGACGAUGAAUUUCGAUGGAAUAUGGACAAUCGCAGUGAAAAUUCGGCAUUCGACAAUAUACUCAGUGACGAUGAAGGUAUGCCAGAUCAUGGAUUUGAUGAUCUACUCCUUGAGGGUGAUGAUGAUGUCUAUGAGCCAUUCUUAAGCGGUGAAGAAAUGGAAAGAUUGGCGAUAGAGUCGGAAUCCGAGGAGAUGUUUUUCGGCCACCGUUGGCAACUUGAGGAUGAAGAACAAUAUGAUGAUUUGUUGUUAGUCGUUGAAGGCUCAGGUCAUGACGAGUUGUUACUGGAGGAGAAAUCCGGUAUAUUGAGGGAAGGUCUAUCACUUAACAAUGAUGAUCUGCUGGUAAUUUGA